UGACGUUUACAAUUUCAAUUUACUGAGGAACUGCCACUGGUUUCGUAGAAGCAAUUUUUUAAAUAACAAAAAAACACGCACUUCUUCCCGUCAAACAGGCUGGGAUCUUGGAUGGAGUAAGUGUUGAGCCCCAAUGAGAUGACUGACCAGGGCAACAACAACCAGAAUAUCUCCUGUAACCCCUUCGCUGCCCUCUUCGGCUCACUGGCUGAUGCCAAGCAGUUUGCAUCAGGCCAGAAACCAGAACAGUGUGCUGAACCACCACUGGAGGACUCAGGAGAGAGCCAAUCAGAGUCAGAAAACUCUGUGUCAGACAGCGUUGAUGACAAUGACGACUCUGUGGCAGAGAUCAGCCGCUCCUUCCGGUCCCGGCAGGAGCUGUGUGAACAGCUCAAUGUCAAUCACAUGAUCCAGCGGAUAUUUCUCAUCACUCUGGACAACAGUGACCCCAGUCUGAGAGGAGGUAAUGGGAUCCCCCCUCGCUGUGUUUACCUGGAGGAGAUGGCUGCAGAUCUUGAUGGACAGGACUGGCUGGACAUGGACAACAUAGAACAGGCGCUGUUUAACCGUCUGCUGGUACCUGAGCCAGGAAACCACCUCAUCUACAUGACGUCAUGCAGCGCUGUAAACCUGUCUGCUGACCGUGAUGCUGGAGAGAAAUGUGCCAUCCCUUACCUUUUUGCUUGUUACCAGAGAGCCAAAGAAGAGGUGACGAAGGUACCAGAGAAGUUACUGUCGUUUGCUGUUCGCUGUAAGAACCUGACAGUCUCCAACACACGGACGGUUCUGCUAACCCCAGAAAUCUACAUCAGCCAGAACAUCUACGAGCAGCUUCUGGACCUGUUGCUGGAAGGUUUCCGAUCCGCACAGCCAGAGGAGGUCGUUGAGUUUGUGGAGGAGGUCAUUGCUGGCCUGCUCUCCGACCAGGAGGUGCGUACCUUCGAGGAGGUGAUGGUACCAGUGUUUGAUAUCUACCAGGGACGCAUCAAAGACUUGGACCUGUGCCAGCCUGUCCUCUACACUUACCUAGAUGUCCUGCUCUAUUUAAGCCACCAGAAAGAUAUUGCCAAGGUAUUGGUGGAACAUAUUCAACCCAAAGACCCAGCUAAUGGUUUGCAGUACCAGAAAACCCUUCUGGGAGCAGUGCUAAGUAUCUCCUGCUUGUUGAAAACCCCUGGUGUGGUGGAGGGACAUGGCUACUUCCUGAACCCCUCCCGCUCUAGCGCCCAGGAGACAAAGGUCCAGGAGGCCAACAUCCACCAGUUUAUGGGUCAGUUUCAUGACAAGCUGCACCAGAUCUUGAAAAACUUGCUCCAGCGAACUGGUGAGACGCGCCACUUGCUGCUAUCGUGGUUGGGCAGCUGUCUGCAGGCAAACGCCGGCCGGGCCAAGAUAUGGGCCAAUCAGAUGCCAGAGAUCUUCUUCCAGAUGUACGCGUCAGAUGCAUUCUUCUUAAACUUGGGUGCAGCAUUGCUGAAGCUGUGCCAGCCCUUCUGCAGGCCGCGGUCGCCCAAACUGCUCACCUUCAACCCUACAUACUGCGCCCUCAAAGAGCUGAGCGAAGAAGAGAGGCGCAAUCGCAAUGUGCACGCAACAGGUCUCGACAAGGAAACCUGUCUGAUCCCUGUGCCCCCUCAGCAGCCGGUGGAGUCUGCACAGUCCUACAGCCUACUGACUGAAAACCUCAUCCUCACACAGCUCACCAUGCAUCUCGGCUUCCACAGACUCCAUGAACAGAUGGUGAAGAUGAACCAGUCCCUCCACCGGCUCCAGGUGGCGUGGCAGGAUGCCCAGCGAACAGGCAACCCAAUGUCUGAGCAGCUCCUGGAGCAGUUUGAGCGUCUGAUGAUUGUUUACCUGUCAACCAAAGCUGCCACCACGCAGCCCGCCAUGCUGCAAUGCUGCCUUAACCUCCAAGCUUCCACCGCUGCUCUGCUGGUUCAGCUUGGCAUGGGGAACCAGGGGCCUGAGCAUGUAGCACUCAGUUUUCCCCUGCCCUCCCUACAGAAUACUAUGCUGUGCUAUAUACCAGAGUUUUUUGCAGAGAACUUGGGAGAUUUUUUCAUCUUCCUGCGACGAUUUGCAGACGAUGUUUUGGAGACUUCUGCAGAAAGUCUGGAGCAGAUUCUUAACUUCAUCACUGUCUUCAUGGGUAACGUAGAGAGGAUGAAGAACCCUCAUUUAAGGGCAAAGCUUGCAGAGGUCUUAGAGGCGGUGAUGCCCCACAUGGAGCCGGUGGCUCCUGGUGCUGUUCAGCCAAUCGUGUUCCAGCGGGAGAGAGUCUUCUGCUCCUACAGACAUGCACCUCAGCUGGCCGAGGCCCUUAUCACUGUGUUUGUAGACAUUGAAUUCACAGGUGAUCCUCAUCAGUUUGAACAGAAAUUCAACUACAGGAGACCCAUGUAUCCCAUCCUCAAGUACAUGUGGGGCAAAGAGAACUACAGAGAGUGCAUCAAGCAUUUGGCGCACUAUGCAUCUGAGAAUCUGGAGGCCAUGAACCCCCCUCUGUUCCUCAGGUUUCUUAACUUAUUGAUGAACGAUGCCAUCUUCCUACUGGAUGAGGCUAUUCAGUACCUGAGUAAAAUCAAGGUUCUGCAGUUGGAGCGGGAUCGAGGGGAGUGGGAGGGCCUGGCCCCCGAUGCCCGAAGAGAGAAGGAGUCAAGUCUGCAGAUGUUUGGACAGCUGGGACGCUUCCACAACAUCAUGUCCAACGAGACCAUCGGCACUCUGGCCUUCCUCACCUCAGAGAUCAAGGGGAUCUUUGUGCACCCCUUCCUGGCUGAGAGGAUCAUCUCCAUGCUGAAUUACUUCCUGCAGCACCUGGUCGGCCCCAAGAUGGGCGCCCUUAAAGUCAAGGACUUCAGUGAGUUCGACUUCAAGCCCCAGCAGCUUGUUUCUGACAUCUGCACCAUCUACCUGAAUCUGGGUGAUGAGGAGAAUUUCUGUGCUACAGUCCCGAAGGAUGGACGAUCGUACUCCCCUACCCUCUUCUCACAAACAGUUCGGGUACUGAAGAAGAUAAACAAGCCUGGGGACAUGAUUGUGGCUUUUGGACUCAUUGCUGAUAAAAUAAAGUCCCAUGCAGACAGACAGCAGCAGGAAGAGGAGACGUAUGCAGACGCCCCAGAUGAGUUCUUGGAUCCCAUCAUGUCCACUCUGAUGCUCGAUCCAGUUCUUCUCCCUUCCUCCAAUGUCACAGUUGACCGCUCAACUAUAGCAAGGCACCUCCUCAGCGACCAGACAGACCCGUUCAACCGCAGUCCCCUAACGAUGGACCAGAUCAGGCCAAACGAGGAGCUCAAGCAGCAGAUCUUACAGUGGCUGGAUAAGCAUAAGCAGGAGAGCCUGCAGCUGGGACCCAGUGGCUAACUGUGAUCCCUCGCUGUGACAAACAAUGACUGCAUAUCUGUUUUCUUUCCCGGCUCACAUCUCGCGUGCUCCUCUGCUUCUCGGCUAAUCCAUGGUGUGCUUGCCUCUGUGGAUUUCUUCUGACUGCUCCGGUCGGACUGACAUUGCACUAGCCUUUUCAUGCAGCCUUCACGCUCAGUGGAUUCUCUCUGUGACAACAGUCCAGGCAAACUGUAGCCCACCGGCUGGUGACAACUUCAAAAUCCAUAACAAUCCGCACAGUAGCUGUUCGACUCCCAUGAUGCCCUAUGGUAACAUAAGUAGGGUGGUACAACCGCUGGGUCCUCUCUCCCUGAAUACUGUGUAUUAAUUAGUUAUUAUUACAACAGAACUGUGGCCAGAAGUAUCAGUUUCAACAGGACUUGUUGAAUGUACUGAAUGAACUCCUGACUGACCAGCUGGCCCAAACCAGAUUUUAUACUGCAAGGUAAGUAUUUUUGGGAACUCUUAAGGCAGAACAUGGAUGGAAUUGUUUCACCUUCAUGAAGAAACCAUUGUGCACUGCCUCUUAAAGUUCUUGAACACCCUACAUUUCAACACUUUUGGUUAAAUCUCAAGCAACAUUGUAAAUAAAAAUAGCAAUUAAAGGCAAGGCACAGGUAAAACUGAAUUUAACUGUGUGCGAGUUUUGUUUAAGUGGAAAUCAUCUAUAUUUAUUUGGAGAUGUUCAAAAUCUUGUUCACUGUAAUAAGACACCUGAAGCACAAAACUGAAGCAAUCUGACUUUUACAUUCCCGACACAGAGAAACGAUCUGAUAGAGCUGUGUUGUGCCUCACUGUAGGGAAGCGACUGGGAUCUUUCUUUUAUGUGUAAGGCAACAUCUGGCAUGACUUAAACAUUACUUUCCUGACUUUGAAAAAGAAAAUGCAACAAAUAUAAAUUAUUUAAUAUUAAAGUAAUAACUAAUGCACCAGCAUCUUGGCAAAAAAAAUGUACAAGUAAAAAGGAAUUACAGUUCAAGUGCAAACCUUUUAAAUGCAGCAACAAAUACCCAAAAUUUAAGCAGGAAUUAAAGUAUAUAAUGUAUUAACUACAUAAACAUAUAAACAAGAUACCCAAUCCAGCUAUAUAUGGGUCAGUAUUGAUCGGUAUUGGAUUGGUGCAUCCCUACAAACACAGUGGGAACUUUUUUCUGUGUUGUGACAUUUAUACAUAAGUGUCUUCUCAUCUCCAGGUGCACCUGCCUUUAAUUUAAGACCUUGUUAGAAUUGAGAGCUUGCUAACUAAUAGGCUGACAUUAGGAUUUAAACUGUGUUACUUUACAAUAAUAAAACUAAUUUGAAACCAUGUUUUAAUCAUAAAAAUCAUGAGGUUUAACUUGAUAGAAUGCAUUCUAAAAUAACGUGAUUGUUGAGCGCUGCAUUGACAGGCACUAUUGUUGGGUAUACUCACAGCAAGUUUCAAAUUGAUGCUAAUUUUCAAAAUUGUACAUUGUAAAAGUGUUCCCAAUUUGUCUCAGAUUUUAGAAAGCUCCCGUCAGAGCUACAGAAGUCACAAUGCAACUGUCGUACUUCUAUUGACAGGUUAAAUCUGUGAAGUGCCCCUCAGAGACACUUUAUAAUUAUCUAUAAUGCAUAGUUUUUAUUUUAUGAAAAUGUAGAGUGAGGGCAAGUCAAGGGCAUCUUUAACUAUAUAUCAACAUUUACUCAUAUCAGCACAUCAUUUUGCUUAAUUUUAAAGUCUUCAGUGAUCACAUUUCAUGUCAUUGAACAAAAAAAAAAAGGACAAUAUGGGGUGUUCAAUAAUGUUUGACUGGCAGUGUAUGUAAUAAUCAUUGUCAUCCUUUAAAUUAACUUUCACCUGAUUAACUGAUGUAUCCUGAUCUAGCAUUUGAACAGAUUUUUUUGUUGUGUGCAAGCAUAGCGUAUUAACAUGUGGGCAAACAAAUGAUCAAUAGAAUCGGUGCCUAAAACCAAGAGCCUUGCUGUUGAUGUCAACGAAUGAGGAUCUGACCCGUUUCAUACUCUUAAGAGACAUAAUUAUGAGUUUGUUUCUUUAGGGCAUACAGAGAGCUGUGGGUAGAAUAUUAAAGAAAGAAGAUCAGAAAAAGAUGACCUGUUUUUGAGUAGCUUUUUUUGGAAUUAAAUGGUUUUUAAUUCAAAAUCUUGUGUGGGUGUAUAAAAUGGCAAAAUGUGCGAGAAAGACUGUGUAUUUGUUGGCAUGCCCUCAUACUGUAUGUUGAAUAUCUACCACCUGAAUGAUUACAUGGGUUAAAUUAUAAUGCAAUAUUUUUUGUUUUAAUUGUGAUUAUAAAAUGUUUAUUUUGGAUGUACAGUAUGAUUAAUAAAUAAAACUAAUGUGCGUUAUA